AUGUCAACAAAGCUCCACGUCACCCUUACAACUACCCUUACCCUCGUGGAGCAAUUCCACUUGACCUUGUCGUCACCCUCUGGAGAUUCAACCUCCGCAGAACUCUCAAGCAGAGAUGCACUUCCCCUCCUUUCGGCAUCGUCGACAGCCCUUAAGUCACAAGUCACCAAGCUUUCGCUUUUAGCCAUCACCUCUCCAUUUACACCCUCCGCUGUCGGCUCCGUCCUCUCUAACCUGAACGGAUCAGUGCUCCCGUCAUUUGUGACAGCAGCUCUUCUCAUUACACCGGCCGAUCAUACCAAAGCAUUCCAGGCCGAGGCUCUAUCACUGACGAAGACAGGGCUGAACGAACUGUCAUCGCUCGUGAAAGAAGUCCAGUCAAUCGCAGAGAGAAAUGAUGAAAUACAGGAUCGCAUGAUGAAGAAGGGAAUCGAACUGUCACAGUCUGAGAAAGACCUUAUUACGGUAGCUACGGGACGGGUUUGGGGUGCCUGUGAUGCCUUGAUUGACCUCGCUUCAAAUGGUGUUGUUGGGUUUAUAAUUCGGCGCGUGGAAGAAUGGAGAGAUCUGGUGCGAGACGCAGUGGAAGAGAUUGACGAAUGGGAUCCUGAUGAAGAAGGGGACGAGUUUUUCGAUGAGCUUCUGAGCGACGACGGCAAACAGAGUAUUGGAAAAGGUAGUGAGGCAGAAUUAGCCGAGGACAGCGGCGAUGGCGAAGACACCGCUGUGCUUCAUGAAUUGAAAAGGACUGCUAUUCGGCUGCUCAAACCAGUUGUCCAGAUUUACCCCGCAAUCAUCACGAAUCGCCUGAAGAAGGUUCCUGAAUUCUUGCCUUCCCUUGUUAACCUCCUGGAAUCCCUUAUGGUCAACCUCCACCGUAUUCCGGAGCAAGUUGACGAGGUAGCGGGGGCACUAUAUGAAGCGGAUCUAGAACGGUCUAUUCAGUACUUGAAAAGAACAAAGGACUAUGCUGUUGAAGCGGUCAAGUUAGUGGUUCUGCCUUUGUCUGAACAGAGUGUGGUCAACAGCCAGCAAAAAGCUGAGGAUAAGUUUACUAACUGGUCGAAGACAUGGUUGAAAGUGAUGGAUGGGGUAAGUAAACCUCUUGAUGACAUCAAGGAAGCGAAGUCAGAGUGA